UCGGUCUGCUGCGAGAUUUGCGAUCGUGCAGUGGUCUGCAGUAAACUGCUAGUGAUCGUGCUGUUCUUUUGGCGCCUGCCGAGUUUUCACGAUGUCAGAAACUGAGCCUUCUAACUCUGUACUUUUUGUCUGUCUCGGGAACAUCUGCCGGUCCCCGAUUGCCGAGGCUGUCUUCAGGCACAUCGCUAAGGAGAGAGGCGUAUUAGACGAUUGGGACGUGGACAGCGCGGCCACUGGCGACUGGCACGUCGGCUGCAAGCCCGAGAAGCGCGCCAUCAAGUGCAUGAAGGACCACAAUGUCGAGAUGGAUCACCGGGCCAGGCUGGUGACAACCGAGGACUUCAGCCGCUUCCAGUACAUCUUUGGCAUGGACGAGGCCAACAUCUCGGACCUGCGUGAGUUGGCGCCCAAAGGCAGCAAGGCGCGGAUCGAGCUUCUUGGAAAGUACGACCCCCAGGGGAAGACCAUUAUUCGAGAUCCGUACUACGACAACGGAAGCCAGGGCUUCGAGGACGUGUACGAACAGUGCCUGCGCUGCUGCAAGGCCUUCCUGGACGAGGUGGUCAGCUGAGUGCGGGUUCCAGCUUGGCUCGCUUGGGGGCGCUGGCGGCUGCCUCCUCCAGGCGUCGUCGCUUCUUUUCCAAAUAACUGUGCUCGUUGUCGAACCACUGCUUGUAAAGAUGAGUCAGGCUGCUGCAACUCCCGUUGGUGGCAGCUGGCUUGCCUGCACGAGCCCAAACGUUUUGUUAGCCGUAACGAUGAAUAAACUAAUUUUUAUUUUUCAGU